UCCCAGCAAUACCGAAUUUCGUUAGUCAUUUUUUAUUAAAAAUUUCUUCGGUUUAGUGAGGAAAACGUAUUCGUUGACCGAAAAAAGACUAAAUAAUACAUUAUUAAAUUAAUUGGGAGUGCAAAAAAACAAGUAAAGGUCAAUUGAAAGCAGAAUUCUUGACAACGUAAUAGAAAAAAACAUAUUGAUUGCUUGAAAAGUGCAGCAGAAGGCCGAAACACGAAAUAAAAAUAAGAAGGGGGAAAAACAACAAAAGGAUAGUGAAAAUCGAUUGCAAAAGGCUUGGAACAUUUAAACAAGUGUACGAUCGUUAAUACGCAGUGCAAAAAUUAUUAAUUAGUUCGUCGAUUGAGCUCUUUAGCUGGGCAUUUGUGUGAAAUGGGAAUUUUUACGCAAUCGACACCGUUUGAUGCGGAAAUUGAAAAAGCUACAAGCGAAACUAAUACUAACGAGAACUGGUCGCUCAUUCUGGAUGUAUGCGACAAAGUCUCGUCCAAUCCACGCAGCGCCAAAGAUUGCCUGAAGGCAAUAAUGAAACGUAUGGGCCAUGCUGACCCGCAUGUGGUGAUGCAGGCGCUAACACUGUUAGAUGCUUGUGUAAAUAAUUGCGGUAAACCAUUUCAUUUGGAAAUCGCUUCACGUGAAUUCGAAAAUGAAUUCAGGCGACUGUUAUCGAAAGCGCAACCGAAAAUAUCGCUGAAAAUGCGUCAAGUGCUUAAAACCUGGGCUGAAGGCGAUUUUAAGAGUGAUGCGGAACUGAAUUUAAUACCCUCGCUUUAUAUGAAAUUGCGACAAGAAGGUUAUGACUUCAGCAAUCUAAACGAAAAGCCGCCAAAGUCAGCAGCAAAAUUGACCGCUUUGAAGGAUCCCAAUGUGGUGAGCAGCCAACAAGAGGAAGAUGACAUUGCCAAGGCGAUAGAACUAUCUUUGAAGGAGACAAAGAACAGUCCCAAGCUACAAAGUAGCAGUAACGCUGGAGCCGCUGCCAGCGCAAGCACGAACGCUGCCUCGGCUUAUUCCUCAUUGUAUCCCUCAUUUUCGGGUUCUGGUUCUUUGGCGAGCAUCACGUCAACCGGUGGCGCCUCAAACAACUCCACAAAUUCGCAGCCCGAGCCACGUAAAGUACGCGCUCUGUACGAUUUCGAGGCAGCCGAAGAGAAUGAGUUGACAUUCUUUUCCGGCGAAAUUAUACACGUGCUGGAUGAUUCGGAUCCGAAUUGGUGGAAGGGCUAUAAUCAGCGUGGCGAAGGUCUAUUCCCAUCGAAUUUCGUAACUGCCGAUUUGUCUGUCGAUCCGGAACGUUUGGAUAUCAAUCAACAAAAUAAGACGAAAAAGAGCGUACAAUUUGAGGAUGAUGCCAAAGCAUUGCAAUUAAAGACUGAAGCUGCCGCAGCGGCAGUUGCUGAACAACGAAUCGAAAUCGAUGAAGAGAAAAUCGAUCGUCUCUUGCAUCUGUUACACGAGGCGAAUCCCGAGGAUCCAUCGCAGGAUAGCGAAGAAAUGUUGCGUUUAGAACAGGAAGUACACCAGAUGGGUCCACUGAUCGACACCGAACUCGAGCGUGUCGAUCGUAAGCAUGCGCAACUCACGCAGCUCUCCAGCGACUUGGUGGACGCCAUCAAUCUCUAUCAUUCACUAAUGCGCGACGAUCGCAUGACACUGGCACGUGGCCCACAGGCUGCUGCUUCCGGUUAUUUGGGUGGCAUGCCGCCAAUGGGCGGCGCGAUGCCCGGCUUAGGCUAUCAGGGCGUGCCGAAUCCACAAAUGUUGUACGGUGCCGCUGGCUAUCCGGGCAAUGCUAAUUUUCCACCACAUAUGCAGCAAGCAGCACAUAUGCCGACACAUAACUAUGGCAUGCAAUCGCUGCCCUACGGCAACCCAGCACAGCUGCCCGGCAAUGUGGCGCCAGUCAACACGCAAAACUCACUAAAUCAGAAUGCGGUGUCUACAGCUGCACCAGUACCGGGUGGCACUUACUCCAUACCCCAACAGUAUCAAAAUGGACAUGUCAACGCGUCACAGCUUAAUGGCAACGUUUCCGGCAGUCUCGGCUUGAAUUCACUGCCUCCGUCUAUGUCAUCGUUACCCUACAUGGGUGCAGCUGCCCAGUUGCCGGCCACAUCUGCACCGCCAGCAUCUGAACACCAACAAAUGCCGCAAUCAACCAUGGCUGCUGCCAAUGCCGCCACUGUCGGCGUCUUCAAUCCGGUCAAUCAGCUGCAGCAGUUGGGCAAUAUACAGCCGUUGCAGUCAUUGCCACCAAUGCCACAAUAUCCGAACGGCAUUAACGAUGGCGUCAAUGCUAUACCACCCGAUCAGUUGCAUCAGCAGCAGUCAUUUCCACACCACCUACAGCAGCUGCCGCAACAUUACGGCACGCUACCGACGUCACAGCCACCACCAAAUGCGUUUAUGACAUCACCACCCACAUCUGCCACGGGCAUGGCACCGGGCAUGCUACCGCCCAGCAGCCAUGGCAUGCAUAAUCCAACAAACGGCGGCGAUCAAUUCAGCCAAUUACAACAUCAAAUGGCUGCAAUUUCGCUGGCAGGCGGCGUUAAUCAGCCGGUAACACAGAAUUUCCUUGUACAAAAUGAUCCAAAGCAUAACAUUCCACUUUACCAGCAGCAACGGUAAGACGUUGGUUGGCAUCGACAAUAACUGCGUCGUCAUAACUUUUCUACUCGUCCCACUUUUUGUUACAAUACAUAUAUUAAAACAACAACAUCUAGAACGAGCAGCAGCAGCAGCAGCUCGCAACUGUUUGGCGCUCUCACAUAACAAAAAAAAAAAAAACAAACAGCAGGUGCAUUGCCUAGCAAUGUGCUUUCGCUUUACCAAUAAGCGUAUUUGCAAUGUAAUUAUGCGGCAUUUUGCCUGCCACCACCUAUUCAUGAACAUGUAUUUUGCUAUUGUUAUUAUAUAUUCCUCCUUAUGUCCGUAUUAUUCUGAGUCGCGUUGUGGGCAUGAAGGCGUCGUCUUUUAAU